AUGGAUUUGUGUAAUGAACAAGCAGGAUUGGAUACACUCACAAUGCUCUGUGAAAGGUUACGAUCCGAAAAAUUACUUGUAGCAAGUGAACUUGACACUUUACAACGACUUAAUGAAGAGGUUGAUAAUGCACAAAGUGAAUUAGCACAUCUAGCUUGGAUAUGCAGGCAAGAACAGACAAUUUUGUCGCGUCUUAUCAGUUCCCAUCCGAAUGUUCGACCGGAAAAUUGUUGCUUUUUAACUUCGCAAUUCGAUUCCGCUCGUUUUAUCGAUGGAUAUCGUCGUAUUGAUGGGCAGCAUUACAGCAGCGUCACGGAAUUGUUGAACUUACUGUUGAACUCACCGAAUUUAGUAGCUGAAAUAUUACAUGCUAAUGACCAAACGCUGAAGAACAACGGUUCACCAUUCGUUGAGCUGGUUUCAUGUGUCUACAGCCUUCUAUAUGGAUGUGCUGUUUUUCCGGAAGACGAACGUCGCGUAUUGGAAACCCUUUUUCAUCUGCUGGAUAUUCAAUUGGCUUCACAUUCCGAUCCACGAUUGCUAUUGCGCCGAGGAAAUGUCUCUUUUUGUCAACUUUAUCGUUUGUUCUCUGAAGGGAUGUAUUCCGCAAAGAUUUUUCUAACAGCAGCUUUACACGAUCCGGUAAUGUUCGUAUUGUCUCAAGAUGAUGUUUUUUUGGAUAUUGAACCCACAAAAACUUUAAUACGUUUUCCCGCAGAAGAAAGAAGAAGGCGUUUUGGCGACGAUGAAAAUUCACUUACUUUUUUGCAAAAAUUGACGGUUCAUCGUCGAUAUGUUGAAUCAAAAUUGGUAUCAAUUGCAAAUCGAUUUAUCCGAGCAAUAACAGAUGCAAUGUCUUGCUUUCCUCAAAGCUUGAGUUGUAUUGUUCGACGACUUUACACUGUUCUAGUUGAUCACAGAAAACUUAGUCGUGAGCAGGCUACUUUGAUUUGCACGGAUUUAAUUUUCACUUACCUUAUUUGUCCUGCUAUUGCAAAUCCUGAAACUCUUGGAGUCAUAUCAGAUACCCCAAUCACCUAUAUGGCAAGGUUCAAUUUGAUGCAAAUUGGACAGAUUUUGCAAACACUAGCUGUUGCACCUUUUGAACCACCUUCUACUCAUAUCGCUCAUUUUUAUUCUCAGUUCGAUCAGCAGUCGAUGUCGUGUGUGGUUCAGCAUGUCCUUACAACGCAUGGUGAAUCAAUAGAAAAUAUAUGCGCGGUGAAUACCGAAUCACCACCUCAAGUUGUUGAGCAGUUUGUAAGGCGAAUGUUCGUAGGUACUCUUGCAGAACUGGACUCUUUGAUUAGUGCUGUUCGUUGUUUGGCAACUAGUCCCAUAAGUGAUGAAUCGGUGCGACGGGCACUAACUGGAAUAUUGCGGCGGUUACCAAUAAAACUUGCGCGGGGUGAUGUAUCAAAUGCUGGAAUUUUUCAGGGAAGUCCAGCAAACGAUAAAAAUGCAGAUUCUUUCUCCAAUGACGCUAAGACGUUAGAUUUAAUUCAAAGUGGUGAUCAGAAAAGUUUGCGAUCUAAACACUGCAAGUCCAUGGAGUCUCCUGAAUCAAAGCGUAUUCAAGUGGAAAAUACUGAGGUACUUGUGUUUCCUCUUGGCGAAGAUAGGGAACCAUUGGGAAUGUGUUCUGAAGAAAAAUUUAUGGAAUCAGUUCGAAACCCGCAACGGGUGCGGAAACAUAAAACAUCGGAUGAGUCAGCCGAAAAGCGGACUCGUUUCGUUGAUACUGAAAGCAUUGAUCGUACCACUGACGGUGGAAGCGAUGAUGAGGAAGCAGCAAGUUUAUCCUCUUCCAUCGAAGGUAAUGCUGAUGGUAUGGAUGAUGAUGCCGAAGAUGUAUCAACCUUACCAGACAAUUUCAGUGAUGUUGUUCCCAGCAGUGCAAAUGUUUCCGGUCGUGGUUCACCGAGCGUCAGUGAUCCGGCUUCUAAUCGGGGUGGUUCGCGCUCAGCCCGAUCAGCUGCACCGUCAAGUGGCGAAAAUGCUAAUAAUGCAAUACAAGAAAAUAAUAAUGCUCGCCAACAUAAUCUUCCUAAUUUGCCAGUAACCGUUCGUCGUGAAAAUACUGAAGGCCUCGAAGACAAAUUCGGGAAAUUUUGCUUGCCUUCGCAAGGAGAAGGCCGUCAUAAAUACCGCGAUGAAACACAUUCACUUGUCAGUGAAAGCUGGUCCACCGAUGUUCUGCCAUCAGAUACUGAAGGUUUCGGUUUCGAUGCUCGACAAGAAGGAGAUAAUAGUUCGUCUAUAGUUGCUCCUCCUGUGCUACCUGCAGUUGUAGAAGUUGGCGAAUCUCGGAAUGAAAGUAGACCGAGCAGAAUGGGUUCACAACGGUCUACCAUUGGCAGUGCUAUUGGGUCUUUAGCUGUAGCAGGUAAUGGAGAAGACCGAAGUGAUACAUGGUCUGUAGAUGCAGUGGCUAGUGAUUCUGAGGCAGACCCUGUUCAAAGGAACGACGACUUAUUAAUGAUUGAUGAUCCCGAUAGUGCUGAUAUUCCAUCUGCUCCUAGUGGUAAUACAAACGCAAUAUUGCUAGCUUCUGCUUGUAACGAAAGCAAUAUGAUAGGAGGUAGUAGCGCGGCUGUUCAAGCAACGCUUGGAGGGCAUACCCAAAAUGAAGCUUCUCGGGGGAACAAUUUCUCAUUUCAACAUGUUGUGAAAAAAGCGACGUCUACUGCAUCGACUGAUGCGUCAAUUUUUCGCGAGUUGAAUCAAGUGAAUCUGGUAGCUACCACAUCAAGCGGUCACGGUCGUGAACGUCUUAGACGUCAGUCCAGUGGAAGUUCCUUCUACUCAAAAUCUGAUGUCGACUCUGAAUUUUCUAAGGAUCUUAAUGAUGACGCACUUUCAUCAUUACCUGGCGAUUACAUUCCAUCUUUUCGCAACAGUGUAGGUGAACUAGCGCCAACCAGUCCAGCUGUUUCAGUAAUGGCAACGGCAGGUUCCUUCUGUAAUGAUGAUAUGGAAGGAGGAUCAAAUAUUAUUCCAACUAAUGAUGAUUUAAUGAUUUCUACCAAAAAUGAUGUCAUUAUGACAAAUACACGAAAAGCCGAUAAAUGUAAUGAAUAUGAACAUGCAGCGAUGGGAAAAACCGAACGUUGUAACGAAGAUAAAACAGAUGCAGAGGCUAUAAGAGCGAAUUGGGUUAAUAGUGGAUCUAUGCCGAAAACAUAUCGUAUCCCUAUUGCAACUUCUCGUUUGCGAGCUCAGAAUGAUGAUAUUGAAAGAAAUGAGAGUCCACUGAUACGAAAGAGAAUGAAUAUACUACACGGUUUGCAUAAAGUAGGCGAAUCACUGAAGAUGAGAAAAGGUGCUGUGGUUAGUUCACUUCGCCAAUCAUUAUCUCAAGCUACAACAAUGAAUGAAAUCACGUCUUUGAAAAGCACAAAUGAAAAAGAUUCUCCCUCGUCAUCUUUUGGCACAGAAGUUGGCCGAUUUAUUGAAAGUCAUUCCCUUGAUGACUUGAAUAUCACUGCGGAUGUGAGUAAGCGAACAGCAAAUGAAAUUCUAGAUAAAUAUAAAAGGAAAGCAGUCCCUUUAUAUUCAGUUGAAGGAAAUAAUCAAUUUCUGGAUGAAAAUAAUCAGGAAAAGGAGAAAACUGGAAAAAUAUCUGAAGAUUCAGAAUUGUACUACGAUCCUGAUAAUCUUACCCAGUGUCGUGCUUUUGUUGAUGUCAAGCGAAAAUUACGUUUGGUGCUGAGUUCAGUGGCUUCAUUGCCUGGAGUAUCUUCUGUCGGAGGUGAAAGUAUUUUACGCAGAUCGAAAAUGAGGAUGAGUGGAAAGAAUGAUGCACGGCAGUUGGCAGAAUUCCUGCAAAUUCUAUUAGCGGAAAGCAUCAAUGGGCAGGAUAAGACUCUUUGCGCACAAAUUCGUGAAGUUAUGCGCUGUUUAGUUAGAUUCGAUGAUAGAGCGGUUAGAAAAUUGUUAAGAGCUCUGAAAGGUGAACACCGAAAGCGAACAGCAUAUAUGCUUUAUUUACAGCAGUCUCGUCUUAAUCUACUUCAGUUGCGCUCUAAUUUAGAAAAACUAGCUAUCCGCCUUCAAAGAGAGAAAUUGCUGAUUGGUGAAUGCUUAGUAGAUGUGCUUGUUCGAUUUUACCUGGAAGAGCAUGAAUUGCAACUACGAAGGUUUAUUGCUGAAUUUCAGACUCUAAAAGCUCAGGAUGAAAGAACGGAUGUAAUGGAGCGUGCUUUGAAUUCAUUAUAUGAGAGCUUACCGUAUGAGAAAAUAUGGCGUUUUGCAAAUGCAGAAAGAAUUUCAUUUGUAAAGAAGAGUGUUGAACGUUCAUUAAUGGCUCAGCUUUAUGUGUAUGCGCUUUAUCCAAAUGGUGAAGCUGACCAAAGUAGAGACAGUGUUUUCCACAAGUCGGUCCAAAAAUUAGCAACGGAGAUUAACCCGGACCAUCCUCAGUUGCAUAUAUCUGUGAGAUUACGUGGCGAAUGUCCAUGGCCCUCAGCGCAAGCCGAAAUUGGAAUUAUAAAUGCAUACAAAUCACCACGAGAUAAGAUGGCUUGUAUUGUUAGAUGCUGUGAAACGAUCGAAAAUCUCAUUAUUCUUGCAUCCGAGAGAGGAGCCGCUUCAGCAGACGAUAUUACCCCUGUACUUGUUUACGUUCUUAUUCAGGCAAAUCCGUCAUCUCUAUUAUCGAAUAUACAGUAUAUUGGUGCAUUUUAUGCAAAUCAAAUAACAGGCAUCGAAGCAUACUGGUGGACUCAGUUUACUAGUGCAGUGGAGUUCAUUAAAACACUGUUAAAUCAAAAUUUGUGA